AUGUCUGUUCGAUACAGCUCAAGCAAGCAAUACUCUUCCUCCCGAAGUGGAGGAGGAGGAGGAGGAGGAGGAGGAGGAGGAUCAUCCCUCAAAAUUUCAAGGAGCAAAGGCUCCAGUGGUGGAGGAUAUAGCUCAAGGGGGUUCAGUGGUGGCUCUUGUAGCCGUGGGAGCUCUGGUGGGAGCAUGUUAGGAACCGUGUUCGGUAGCCAUGGAGGAGGUUUUGGUGAAAGCAGCUUUGGAGGAGGCAGCUUUUGCGGAGGAGGCGGCUUUGGAGGAGGCGGCUUUGGUGGAGGCAGCUAUGGAGGAGGCAGCUAUGGAGGCGGCAGCUUUGGAGGAGGGAGCUUUGGUGGAGGCAGCUUUGGCGGAGGCAGCUUUGGAGGAGGCAGCUUUGGAGGAGGCUAUGGUGGUGGAUUUGGAGGAGACGGUGGCCUUCUAUCUGGAAAUGAAAAGACAACCAUGCAGAAUCUGAAUGACCGCCUGGCUUCCUACUUGGACAAAGUUCGGGCUCUGGAAGACUCAAACCAUGAGCUAGAAAGCAAAAUCAAGGAGUGGUAUGAGAAGCAUGGCCACACAGGCCAAGGUGAGACUCCUGACUACAGCAACUAUUACAAAACCAUCCAAGACCUGAAAAAGGAGAUCCUUGAUCGCACAAUUGAUAAUGCCAAUGUCCUACUCCAGGCAGACAAUGCCAGACUGGCAGCUGAUGACUUCAGGAUGAAGUACGAGAAUGAGCUGACCCUGCGCCAGGGUGUGGAGGCCGACAUCAACGGGCUGCGCAGGGUGCUGGACGAGCUGACCCUGGCCAAGUCUGAUCUGGAAAUGCAGAUCGAAAGCCUGACUGAGGAGUUAAGCUACAUGAAGAAGAACCACGAGGAGGAAAUGAGAGACCUUCGAAAUGUGUCCACUGGUGAUGUCAAUGUGGAAAUGAACGCUGCCCCUGGUGUGGAUCUGACUCAACUUCUUAAUAACAUGAGAAGCCAGUAUGAACAAGUUGCUGAACAAAACCGCAAAGAUGCUGAAAACUGGUUCAAUGAAAAGAGCAAGGAACUGACUUCAGAAAUCGACAGUAACAUUCAACAAGUGUCCAGCUAUAAAACUGAGAUUACCGAUUUGAGACGCACUGUUCAAGGUUUGGAGAUAGAACUACAGUCUCAAUUGGCUCUGAAACAAUCCCUAGAAGCCUCCCUGGCAGAAACAGAAGCUCGCUACUGUGUGCAGCUCGCACAGAUUCAGGCCCAGAUCACUGCUCUGGAAGAACAACUGCAACAGAUUCGAGCUGAAACCGAGUGCCAGAAUAAUGAGUACCAAAUACUCCUGGAUGUUAAGAUACGACUGGAGGCUGAAAUUCAAACCUACCGCAGCCUGUUAGACGGAGAGGGAAGUUCCGGCGGCGGCGGGCGGCGGGGUGGCGGCGGCUACGGCGGCGGCGGCUACGGCGGCGGGAGUUCCGGCGGCGGCGGCGGCUACGGCUACGGCGGCGGGAGUUCCGGCGGCGGCGGCAGCUACGGCGGCGGGAGUUCCGGCGGCGGGAGUUCCGGUGGCAUCAGCUACGGCGGCGGCGGUUCCGGCGGCGGCGGUUCCGGCGGCGGUAGCUACGGCGGCGGCGGCUCCGGCGGCGGCGGUUCCGGCGGCGGCAGCUACGGUGGCGGGAGUUCCGGUGGUGCCAGUUCCGGCGGCGGCUACGGGGGUAGCAGCUCCAGCGGAGGCCAGAGCGGAAGUGGGGGCUACAAGUCCUCCUCUUCCGGGUCAGCUGGAGAGUCUUCAUCUAAAGGCCCAAGGUCAGCAGAAAUUAGCUGGGAUACUAAGAAAACCAGAGUAAUCAAGACAGUUAUUGAAGAGGUGGCACCUGAUGGUAGAGUCCUUUCAUCCAUGGUUGAAUCAGAAACCGAGAAACACUACUAUUAAGCCGCACCUAGAGGAAAGAUUCUCCCUAUACAAAGGCCAUUAUAUGCAGAUGCAUGGAAAACAAAAUCUCCAGGAAAACACUUCGAUCUUAAUGGUCUAUGGAAUCAGGUUUACUCCUUGAAAAUAAGAUGUCUAAAAGGUGUUUUGUGGUUUCUAUACUUCUUUUCACUUUACCAGAAAGUGUUCUUUAAUGGAAAAAUAGAAAAACUUUCUGUUCUCAUGUAUUGAUGAAUUUCAAUAAACUUUCUUACUGAUGCAAACUAUCCAACUUCAUCAGAAUUGUCUUUACUUAAAUUUGAUGAUAUUUUUAACAUUAAAAGUAGUCAGCCAUAGCAUUUUAAGGUUCAUUUAUACAAAAAUUCUGAAGACUGAAUUACUGUAAUUAUGAUUUCUCAUAAUACAGUUUUUUAAUCUUGUGGGUAUGUACAGAACCAAUGUCAUAUCACUGAGUAAGAAGUCCAGGAGUUCCCAAACUUACUUUUU